AUGACCAUCACCACUUUGAUUCCCUUCUCUAUCUUAUUCACUUAUUCUCUCCCAUUCACCCCAAACCCUAGUCGCCAACCACCGCGAGCUCGACCAGCCAGCCAUAACCCAACACUCAGGACUCGCACCCCAUACAUUACCCACGUUUUCACCCAUAUACCCAACCCUAUUCUCCUUCAUCUUCCACAGCCCCGACAAAAACACCGGCCACCACGCCCAACCGAACCAUUCACCAUCUUUGUUCCUAACAAGCCAUUCACCCUCAACCCUGCAGUUCCCUUAAAUCCCUUCACCAUUUGGAAGCAUUCUCAGUCUCCUUCCCCAAUCGCAUCCCUAAGCUCUGAUUCCCUUCUCCACCCUCAACUCUGA